AUGCCCCCUUUACUCAGUGCCAUUACUGGUGUUUUGAUGAUGCACCAGUCAUUUGGGGAUACAGCAAUUGAUUUGCUGGGUGCUAUUGGCAUUGUGGAUCCCAAACAGGGAGUGCCACUGCUGUUAGCAAUUCUAUUUUACAGUAACAUCUUCACCAGAAAAGACAUUACUUACCAGAAUGUGUUGCCGAAACUUCUGUCAUUGCUUCCAUCACUCGCUUCACAUUUUGUGAUGAUUCCCCUCAUAAUUCAGACAAUCUUGCCAAUGGUUCAGAAAGAUGGAAACCCGGUGUUUGCCGAGUUAGAGGCAAGCAGAGUUGAUGAACGAAUUUUUGUAGUCAUUGGUGUUGGCAUGGAUGAUGCUGAUGUAGAGAUUUUAUCUGCUCCUUUUGUCCUGAAGGCAAUAUUGCUUCCAAAGGGGUUUACUGAAUUCAAAUCUGAGAGAAAUAUCUUAAUAAGUUUGGCUGCCUCCAUUCGGGAUGUUUGCCAAAAAAACCCUGAUAGGGGAGUGGACCUUAUCUUGUCUGUUUCGGCUUGCAUUGAGAGCCAAGAUCAUAUAAUUAAAGCUCUUGGAUUUCAGAGCCUCGCACAUCUAUGUGAAGCUGACGUAAUUGGUAAUCCUGAUUCUGUUUUAAAAUCCAAUCCUGUUCCAUUUCCAAUUUAUAUCUCAGACAUAGCUAGAUUUGAAAAUUUCUUAGAAGCUGUGGCUGGAAUGGAGGUGCUUUGCGCUUGCUUAGAGAAUCUGAAGCUCCUCUGCAGAAAGUUCUGGAAUGAUCCUGAGCUUCUUUAUCCCCAAGUUUUUGAUACUUCUCAAGAUGGAUAUUUUUAUACUGCCUGGGAUGUCAUUGGUAAGCAUGCGGUGGACUACACGAUAGACCCGGUUCUUGCACAAAGAUCAUACCAAAAGGAAGGUGAGGCUAGCAUAUGCCUCCUUCUCAAAUGGGGUGCAAUGGAUGCUGAAGCAUAUUCCGAAGCUUCGAGUAAUGUUUUACAAAUUUUAUGGGGUAUUGCUACUGCCAUACAUGUCAGUAAAGCACCUGAGUGGGCAAAGGCAAGGAUCUUUGCCAUUGAGGCCCUGAGCCAAUAUGAGGUUACAGAUAUACAAAUAGGAAUUCCAGAUUUUAAGAGAGUGAACACAGAUUUGCUUUUAUGUGAGACGAAUCUUGAUAUACUCACGGCUAUGGAAGGAUUUCAAGAAUCGGCGAAGGUUGGUGAAGGAAAAAAAGUUGCUGGAAGUAAGAUUGAGAAGUUGCUGAAUGUAUUUCCACAGGUUCUAUUUCCUUCAGGCCCUGAUGCAGAAAUAUUAGAUUCAUCAGAGAUGGAUCAUAUUGUUUGGCAAAUUCAGGAAUCUAGCAGACAAAGGAAUCUAGCAGACAAGGGUGGUUGCCCUUUCUUAAAGGUGACUGCCGCAAGCCUUCUUCAUGCGGAGUUCGUGUUCCUCUACAAGUACAUAUGUUGGACAAAAGGUAGUGCUGGACAAUUACCCGGGGCAGCUCUACUAUGCCUUUCCUUGACCCCUAAAGAUGUGAACAAUCGAUGCCUGUCAAGAGUAUCACAAGAUGUCCAUGCUGGAUAUGAGAGUGCACUGGUUGAAAUAGCUGCUUCUCUUCAAUUAUCAAGAAAUAUUUUCAUUGCCCUUCUUUCAUUGCAAUCUUGGAAGUCCUUCAUGUGGCGUUGGAUGAGGGCAAAUAUUUCAACCCUUGAUGCUAAAGCAUUAUCUGUUUCAUUAGAUAGAACUUCUAAAGCUGCUACUGAUAUCCUGAAGAGUGUGAUGCGACUUGCCGAAGAGUCUAUCCCAAGUUCUGCUGAAAAUAUUGCUCUGGCUGUUGGUGCACUCUGUGUGGUGUUGCCUCCGUCUACCCAUACUGUUAAAUCAACUGCUUCGAAGUUUCUGCUAAACUGGUUGUUCCAGAAUGAGCAUGAUCAUCGCCAAUGGUCAGCCGCAAUAUCUCUUGGAUUGGUUUCAGGUUGUCUUCAUGUAACUGAUAACAAGCAGAAAUUUGAAAAUAUCACUGGACUUAUAAAGGUUUUGCAUGGCAGCAAAAGCAUCCUGGUCAAAGGAGCUUGUGGGCUUAGCUUGGGCUUUGCAUGCCAAGAUCUUCUUACCAGGGUUGAAGCUGCUGAUAAUGUUGGCUUCGAGAAAGAAAAGUACAAAGCUCAGGAGGUUGACUUAUUAGGGAAGAUUCUUAGGACAUUACUUCUGAUGACAAGCCAGCUCAGUAUUACUUCAUAUGAUAUUCUAGAAAGUCUGUCUCCAUAUUUCAGCAUGGGUGCUAACAAUAUGGAAACCAAUUUGACAUCUGACUCAUCGCUUGAGAAGUGUGAUGACUUGGAGGAAGAUCCUUGGGGUGUUGCUGGUCUUGUCCUUGGCUUGGGGAGCUCUUUCAAUGCAAUAUAUAGAGCUGGGGCUCAUGAUGCAAUGCUUAAGAUAAAGGACUUGAUUAUAUCAUGGAUCCCACAUGUAAACGCUCGGGUAACAAACUCUUCUUUUUCUAGUGAAAGAAUGGUGAAAGCUUUAUCAGUAGGAUCCUGUCUUGCACUUCCCAGCAUUGUGGCAUUCUGCCGGAGAGUGGAAAUGAUCAAUGAUAAUGAGCUGGAUUAUCUAUUGAAGGGCUACCAUGAGCUCAUAUCUGAGUUAUUAUCUGUUAAAAAAUCUGGUACUUUCCAUCAGAGCUUGAUGUUGGCAUCAUGUGUUGGUGCGGGCAGCCUUCUCGCUUGCAUUUCGAAUGAAGGUGUGCACCCUCUUGAAGUUGAAUGUGUAAAAGGUUUACUGGAGAUGUUUAGAAAAUGCUACUCUAGUUCUGGCCCUCCUAUCAUCCAUUUGGGUGGGAUGCUUGGAGUAUUUAAUGCAAUGGGAGCUGGUGCUGGAAUUUUGGUUCAUGCCCAUCACUUCUCAGCCUCAAUGAAGACUGCUUGUGAACAAAAGGAAUCUUCUCAUAUUUUGGGCCCUUUACUUUCAAGCCCUAUUUGUGAGCCAUUUUUGACAACAUUGGUGCAAGAGAUAUUUCUCAUUGCACAAAAUUCUGAUGAUCUUCAAAUGCAACAAAAUGCAGCUUGGGCGGUUUCAUUCCUUCGAAAUGGUUUGUGGUCAAAGGAACUUCUAAAUGCUGAAAGCAAUGAUCACACUGAUGUUGCUGCAGGGACUGUUGCACAUGUGGGCACUGUUGUAACUGUUUUAAGAUGUCUUUCCCGAGCUCCUAGAUUGCCAACAGUGGAUUGGGGAUUGAUUAUUAGACGCUGCAUGAGAUAUGAGGCUCAAGUAUCUGAGGUGUUUUUGCCAGAUUCAGCUCUUAAGAGGGAGUCCUUCGGGAGGAAUGUUCAGGAUGCUAGAGCUGAAUCUGCAGUCCUGUCUGCUCUUUCAUCUUGCAGGCCUCAUAAAAGGCAUAGCCCUGAUCAGAAGAGCUCAUUGAGAAUCUCGUGCUGGAAGGGUCUCUCUCAGUGUCUAGAAGAAGCUGUCCUCAGCUCUGUAGAGUACAUAUCAAACCUUGUAAAGUGCAUAGAGGUGUUGUUUCACUUAUUGCCUGCAUCAGAAUCUACUGUCUUCACAGGAGUGGAUCUGCCAAACUCUGCAGAGGAAUGGUGUGUGGCUGUUCAAUGCUUAGCAAAGGCUCAAGAGGAUUGGUUAUUGUAUUUCCUGCAGGUUCCACUAGGGAAUUUUGUGCAAGGAGGAAGCCAUUCAAAUGAAGUCCUAAAGAAGAUUCUAGCAAAAGUGAAGCUAGUUAGGAUGGGUUCCAUCCCGUUAACUGAGCUUGGAAGACUAAAAGCUUGUGUGUUGAACUCUAAAUCAAAGGGUCUUUGGAAUUUACAUGCGGAAGUUGUAGCAGCUUUGCAAUAUGCAGAUGGAAGUGUCAAAAGACAGUGGCUUGUUGAUGCUGUGGAAAUUAGCUGUGUCUCGAUCUAUCCCUCCACAGCACUGCAGUUUCUAGGUCUGCUAUCUGGUAGCUGUUGCAAAUAUGUGCCUCUUCUGACUGUGGAUGAGUUAUCCGUGUUGAGUGAUCUACCGGUUACCCUCCCUUCCCUUGUGACCGAACCUAGUUGGGAAGUUGUUGCAGAAUCCAUUGUUUCUAACCUUUGGACAUCAACAGAACGCAUAUACAGCUGGGUUACUGACAAAGCACUCCCUGACAAUGCACCUAGCUCACAACCUAUUGAUGAAAGUGAAAAGGAUAUUGCCUCUUUUCUGUUGCGUGUGAUGUAUCAUACCUGUACAUCUUUAAAACAGUAUUUGCCUCUGGAGAAGCAGCUUACGCUUGCCAAUAUGCUUGUCCCUUGA